UCGGGGGGUGGGCGUGGCCUGUCCCGGGAGUGGGCGUGGCCGUCGGCGGCGCACCUGUGUGACGUCAUCGGCGCUCACCUGCGAUGGCGGCGGGGCGGCUCCUCCCGCUCCUCCUCCUGCUGCUCCUGGGGGGGGUCCGGGGGGUCCCCGCCCCUGAGCCCCCCCCCCCCAACACCGCCCUCGACGAUCGGUGCCGGUUACCGGCAAUCACCGGCCGCUGUCGCGCCUCCAUCCCCCGCUGGUUCUUCAACGCCUCCUCCGGGACCUGCGAGAGUUUCGUGUUCGGCGGCUGCGGCGGGAACGGGAACAACUUCGGGAGCGAGCGGGAAUGUCGGGAGGGGUGCGGGGGGGUCCCGGAGCGGGCUCCGAAUCGUCCCAACUCCACCUUGGCAGAGCGCUGCUCGGCCCCCCCCGUGACGGGCCCGUGCCGGGCGUCCUUCGUGCGCUGGUAUUUCAUCCCGGCCGAGAAUUCCUGCCGGGAAUUCACCUACGGCGGUUGCCGCGGCAACGGCAACAACCACCCGGACCGCGAGGAGUGUCUGCGCCGCUGCCGCCCCCCCGCAGGUGAUCCCGGUGCCGAAUUCCGACGGUUUUUGGCUACCAAAGGGCUGGUUCUGGGGGGUCUCCUGGCAGCGGGGGCCGCUCUGGGAUUCGGGAUCCGGGCGGGGCUGCGGCUGCUCCGGAGGAAGCGGGACCUGGCGGGAUCGGGAUCGGGAUCCAAACCCCCCCGGGACGACACGGAGUGUCUGAUGAAGGAGGCCUACACCGUCUGAGGGGGGGGACACCCCAAAACCCCCCCCGAAAAACCCCCAAAAUCCCCCCCUCGGGCACCUCCCGCCUCCCGUCGCUUUUUGUCCCGGCUGAUUUUUGUAGGAAAAAAUGGGAUUUUUGUAGGAAAAAAGGGGAUUUGGGGGAAUCAGAAAUUGGGGGGGGGGACCCCCUGAACCUUCUCACCUGACACCCCCACCCCAAAAAACCCACCCUGACCCCCCCAAAAAACACCUCCUGCCUCCCGUUGUUUUUUCUCCCGAGUGAUUUUGGGGUGAUUUUUGUAGGAAAAAGGGGGAUUUUGUAGGAAAAAGGGGAUUUGGGGGAAUCAGAAAUUGGGGGGCGACCUCCUGAACCUUCUCACCUGACCCCCCCACUCCAAAAAACCCACCCUGACCCCCCCCCAAACCCCCAGUUUGGGUUGUUUUCCCUCCCUUUUCCCACCUUGGGGGGGGGUCUCCUUGCCCCCCCCUCCCCAUUUUGGGGGGUCCCAGCGCUGUUUGGGGACCCCCCCACCCCUUGUUUGUUGUAUUUUGGGGGGGGGGGGGGGUUUGUUGUGAUUAUUGGGUCGAAUCGAUGGGAUUUGGGGGUUUUGGAUAAUUUUUUUUGGGGGGGGGAGGGGAAUUUUCUACGUUCCAGGGAUUUGUUGGAAUAAAGGGAGAUUUGGAACCAA